AUGUCGGAAGGCCAAAAUAGCCUUCCUGUCGGUGAUCAAGAAGUGCGAGCAGAGUCGCCCUCAGACGGUCCAUCCCCUCCCAGAGAGCCGCCAUUUCGACCACCGAGCCCGCGAGCGAAUUUCGGAGACAGUCAACACCCGCCGUUGGAACAUGACGAACCAAUUAUUACCAAUGCUAUACGCACGAGGAUAUUAAAGGCAUUAGCCACCAUCAAGCGCAGACGGGGCUCUCCAUUUAGUUUUGUCACCUCAGGCGAUAGUCCCUCCUUUAGUAACAAAGGGGAGUCCAACGCUGAGACGCCGGAUGGCGCCUCAUCACCAGGAUUCUCAGGGCGGUCACAGGAAGCAUCAUUCUCUUUGAAGCUAUCGUGUAUACUUCGGCCCUUGAGGAAUGACGCCCACUCUGGAAACAAUGAUGACGACUGGAGACCCAUGGGCUGCGUGAAGAUGCCCAGCUAUCUCUCUUCGAUGACCAUGGGGCAAACAAUCACAGACCCAAUAGAUGGUGGAAUACUCAGUCUACGGGCAUCUCACGCUCUUUUCGAAUUUUUCAUGGUCCAGAUGAAUGCCAAAUGGGAAUAUAUCCUGGACCCGCACACAGACACUCACAACAACAUGCGAAAGCGAAGCACAUUAUUGUUCGCCGCAAUCCUGUUUUGCUCAUCCAAAUUUGCCAAAUUUACUCGUGACGCAGUAAUAUCAUCUUCGGAUCCAUUCCUACAAAGUCGACUCUGUAUCCUGGCACGAAACCUAGUUAUAAAAACCCUCGCGGAGGGAGACAGGUCAAUAGAGACAAUGCAGGCGCUGUACUUGCUCGUUUGCUGGAAAGAUGCUGAUGAUGAGAUCUCUUAUCUUCAUAGUGGAUAUGCGUUUCGUAUCCUCCAUGACUUGGAUCUUGGGCAUGGUGUUUCUGAUGGACGUGAGAUGGCGCAACGAAAGCGAACAUGGCUCGCAUUGUUUCGGCAGGAUCGACAGCAAAGUCUAUUUUUUAUGCGGAGGGGCUCUCUUGGCCAGGGAGACGAUAAUAUGCAUUUACUUGGAAACCUUGAUAAUUGGUUGGAAAGUCCAUACUCGUUGGCGUUGGACUUUGCUGGUUGCUGCAGCGCAGGUAUACGCUGCAUACAGUCCAAGCUACGACAUAUGGUCCAGAAGGCUUCGGUGUCGAUGCUGCCGUGUCUGCUUGAUCUCAUGGACACGGAACUGGAAUCAUGGCGAGUGAAAUGGAACGGUCUUCUCGAGGGGGAAGGAAGAGCAAGAGCAGAACAUGACUCGUUCGUUCUGCCUGGAGCGUUAUAUGCGGAUAGGGAGCACCUGGCCACUCUUGUCGGAGUAUGGGAGAACAGUGUUAGACUCAAUCUGUCUUCUGCCAUUUUUCGUCAAGCCCUAAUAGGAUCUGUAUCAUCCUCGCUACAUCCCAUCGAUCAAGGUGUCCAGGCACCUGUAGAUAUCGACCUGUCAACCAUGAAAGAAGUUCUCUCGCCUGGUCUACCGGGACUGACGAGCAGCGUGGAGAGUGCAUUCGAAACAUUGCGUUAUUUGAUGAGAUUUCCAAUCAGUGACAUCCGGAGGGCUCCUGAUGCGAUUCUUUUGCUCGCUCCAAACGCGGCGCUGUUUCUAUGCUUACUCCUCUGCCUACCGGGGAGUGGCAUUCUCGGCCCAGGCUUUCAGAAAACUGCAGUUAGCUUGAUUCGAGAUAUUGCACAGCAUAUGCGGCUAUCUGUUCAAACGCCGCAAGAUAUCGUCGCUCUACUUGCAACAUAUUUGGAAUCCAUCGUUGAUCUUUUGGGCCCAUCGGGAUCGGAGGAAAAUAGCUCCAUGUCUCAGUCAGCCUUUGAUAUGAAUUCGCUAUCUGGAGAGAGAGACAGUAUAGACUUUGACUUUUCAACGUUACAGGCAACCCAGAUUCCGACCGAUGGUCUUAUAGCACACGGCUUUGGUGCCGAUCAAAACGACUCCAUGGUGGGUAUUACGCAAGAGUCAAGUCAAAACCUCCAUGUUCAAAGUCUGGCUAAUCUGCUAGAUGGUUAUUUCUUUUGGGAUAUACCAACUGUUUCGUCUGCUCCAAACAUUAGCUAG